AUGGGCAGGAUUAUUUUCUAUGAAGAAAGGGACUUCCAGGGUCGUUCCCAUGAGUGCAGCAGCGACUGCACCGACAUCCACAUGCACCUGAACCGCUGCAACUCCUGCAGGGUGGACAACGGCUGCUUCGUGGUGUACGAGCGCCACAACUACAUGGGCAAUCAGGUGUUCUUGAAGAGAGGGGAGUACUCCGACUUUCAGCGCAUGGGAAGCAUGAUGGGAAUGCAGGGCAUGGCUAUGGAUAACAUCCGCUCCUGUCGCAUGACCCCCACGCACAGGGGCCCCUUCAGGAUGAGGAUCUACGAAAGGGAGAACUACGGAGGCCAGAUGCACGAGCUGAUUGACGACAUCGAGUCUCUGCAGGAUCGUUUCCUAAUGUCUGACUGCCAGUCCUGCCAAGUGAUGGACGGCCACUGGCUGAUGUUUGAGCAGCCCAACUUCAAAGGCAAGAUGCUGUACGUGAUGCCCGCAGAGUACAGGAGCCUCAGAGACUCUGCAGCAAGCAACAUGUCCAGAAUCAGCUCCAUCAGGCGCAUCAUGGACAUGUGCUGA